AUGGGCAAGUUCUAUGAAUCCAUUCCAGACGAUCUGCGCGACUGGGCCCUACACCAAAGGAUUUUCUUCGUGGCUUCAGCUCCUCUCCGUGGCCGACAUGUUAAUAUUUCUCCAAAGGGGUUACCAGAUUCUUGCCUCGCGAUUCUCGGUUCAAACCAGGUAGCGUACAUCGAUUCAACUGGGUCUGGCUGCGAAACUAUCUCCCAUGUGCGUGAGAAUGGUCGCAUUACCAUGAUGUUCAUCUCGUUUGAUUCGUCUCCUCGUAUCUUGCGGCUGUUCUGUACUGGUUCUGUUAUCGAGUGGGAUCAGCCCGAGUAUCAUAAAUAUUCACAGCGCAUGGGAAAACCUCAGGUUGUGGGGGCGCGUGCUAUUAUUAUACUUCACAUUUUCAAGGUCCAAACCUCCUGCGGCUAUGGUGUCCCGCUGAUAGCCUUAACAAUCGAUCCCGAAACCAAUGAAUCCAAAGGCUAUCUCAAAGACCGCCAAACACUAGGCCAGUUUGCCGCCAAAAAGGUUGCUGCCGGCCAGAUGCAAACAUACCAGCAAGAAUGGAACACCCGCAGCCUAGACGGACUCCCAGGUCUCCGAUCUGCGCUUAAAGAUAGCGGCCAGUAUACUUGGCGGGUGGAGUUAGAGAAUUGGUUGAGUCGGCACCGGAACGAGGUUGAGACAAUGAAGUCGUUGGUUUUGGUCUUGUUCGUGGGCUUAAUGGUACUGAGGUGGGAUGAGUAUACCUUAUGGUUAUAG